CCCCUGAAGUUCCUACGGCCACAUUAUGGCAAGCUGAAGGAGAUCUAUGAGAACAUGGCUCCAGGAGAGAACAAGGUAAAGGCUCACCCAGCAUCCCACGUGGCUGGGGUGACAGUGCUGGGGCGGCGCGAGUGUCUGAAGUACCGUCUGGUGGGCUCCCAGGAGGAGCUGGCGUCUUGGGGGCACGAAUACGUCAGGCACCUGGCAGGGGAGGUGGCUAAGGAGUGGCAGGAGAUUGAUGAAGCUGACAAGGCUCAGAGGGACACGCUCCUCACCCUGGUCAAGGAGAUUGUCCCCUACAACAUGGCCCACAACGCAGAGCACGAAGCCUGUGACCUGCUCAUGGAGAUCGAGCAGAUGGACAUGCUGGAGAAGUACAUUGAUGACAACGCCUACUCCAAAGUGUGCCUCUACCUGACCAGCUGCGUAAGUUACGUCCCAGAGCCUGAGAACUCGGCUCUCCUGCGCUGUGCCCUGGGCAUCUUCCGCAAGUUCAGCCGCUACCCUGAAGCCCUGCGCCUGGCUCUGAUGCUCAAUGAUGUGGAGCUGGUGGAGGACAUCUUUACUUCCUGCAAAGAUGUAGUUGUCCAGAAGCAGAUGGCCUUUAUGCUGGGUCGCCACGGGGUCUUCCUGGAGCUGAAUGAAGAUGUGGAGGAGUAUGAGGACCUGACUGAGAUCAUGUCCAAUGUCCAGCUCAACAGCAACUUCCUGGCCUUGGCCAGAGAGCUGGACAUCAUGGAGCCCAAAGUGCCGGAUGAUAUUUACAAAACCCACCUGGAAAAUAACCGGUUCGGGGGGAGUGGUUCUCAAGUGGACUCGGCUCGGAUGAAUUUGGCCUCCUCGUUUGUGAAUGGCUUUGUGAACGCUGCCUUCGGACAGGACAAGCUGCUGACGGACGAUGGCAAUAAAUGGUUGUACAAGAACAAGGACCACG